AUGGCUGAUAGCGCAAAGACUUACGGCUUGACGGCGUUACCAGCCGAUCAGUCGCAAGACAAGCCAAAAACGACCAGUCCUCAGCCCAUGGACAUCUCAUCGCUGCAGCCUCCCAAGACACCGCUCACCGACCGCGUAACCACCUACGUGAAGUCCAAGCUUGACGAUGACACUUACCGCCACAGCUUGCGGGUGUACACCUGGGGCUUAGCAAUCGCUAGGCAAUGUUUUCCCGACUUUGAACUCACGCCAGGCUCAAAACUGGAGGAGACGUGGUACCUGACCGCCAUGCUGCACGACAUUGGCACCUGUGAUGAGUUCAUUGGGAGGACCCAUCUCAGUUACGAGUUCUUCGCUGGUCUUCAUGCGUUUGAUCUUCUGCAGAAUCCGUGGGUGACGGGAGGCGAGGGUAUCGCACCACGGGAACAGGCCGAGAGUGUGGUGGAAGCCAUCCUAAGACACCAGGAUGUUCAGGACAAGGGCAAGGUCACCCUCGUCACCCGUCUGAUUCACUGGGGUACUCUCUUGGACAACAUCGGUGCUGUGAAGGAGUUGGUGCACCCUAAGACUAUUGAGAAUGUGGUGCGGGAAUAUCCUCGGCCAGGAUGGAGUGGCUGCUUCAAAGGGACAGUCGAAAAGGAGAAGAGACUCAAACCAUACGCCAUGGUAUCCCGUAUCGAGGGCUUCGAGGAGGUUAUCGAGAAGAACGGCGCUCCAGGAGGGCUGAUGGCCAAGUAUGAUUGA